AUGUACUUUUUACGAAAUCACAGUCCAGCACCUAUCGAAAAAAUAGUUGAAUUCGUGAAGUCUAACUUCCCCUCCUUUAAAUUGGAACAAAAUAUCAGUAAAUUUUCGAUUUUUGGUUACUUUGAACCCUCCUAAACUAAAAAUUUUUUUAGGUAAAUUAGUUUGACCUAAUUUAAUGGAAAAAGUGAAAGCUAAUAUUAUUUAAACCAUUUUAUGAAUUAAUUCUUUUAAAAAUAAACAAAAUUCCAAAUACAUUACAUUUAUUUAAAUUCUUUUUUUAAAGAAAAAUUUAAUAUUUAUUUUUUUUUAAAAAAACAUUUUAAGCUGGAGCAGGUUUUUUUUUUUCCAAUUUAAAGUGGGAGUAAGGAAGACUCCCUCGUGACUUCAGUAAAAGGAAAAUACAAGAAAAGUGCCUUUGGGAUAGUGGAUUAUGCUUUGACUUGGUAUCCAAAGCUUUUCUUAUUAAAUGAUCGGUUUCACUAUUACUUAAAUGUAAUUGAGAGUUAGGAAAAGGAGGCAGAAAAAUACGAAUUAAAGUAUAAAUCAAUGAAGGCUGUAAAUUCUAGCAAAGGUAAAUUGAAAUAUAAGAAAAAAAAUGAAAUGAGGAGGGAAAAAAUCGAUAAGAUGAAGAGGAUAAAAACAGUGAUUGAAGACGACUUAAGAAGUGGGACGACCGAACCUUCUUUACUAGCUCCCUCCUGAGUUAUGAAAAAAAUUUUUCACUCAAGGAGUAUAUUUGCUUUAAAUUAUUUAUAUAUAAUUUUUAUUUUUGAAAUUUCAAAAUGAGAGCUAUUUAUAAUUCUGCAAAAAUGCUUGAAAUUACAUUAUAUAUUAAAAUAAUUUUUUUGUUCGCUCAUAGGGAUUUUCCAAUGGUUUUGCUUCAUGGAGGGGGAUUAACCAAAACCUAUCAGGUAUUGACUUCAGGGGAUAAGCAAGCAGCUGAAGAUCUUAAAUCGGUCAUAAGAUCUGCUUAUCUUUCAUUCAAGGGCAUAUCUCCUUGCUCUACCCUCUGUGAACGAGCAAACAAUUUUACUCACUAAUUAAGAGCAUUUAAUUUCUUUUAAAAAAUCCUAUAUGGAAUUUAAAAAUUAAUUUAAUUGCAGUUUGUUUGAAAUUCAACAGAAUCAGCUAGAGAUUUCAUUAUAUUAAUUAUCAUUUAUAUAUAAUGCCACUGAAAUAUACUAUAAACAUUCCUACUGGAUAAUAUUGAAGAAUGGCAAACAGGAAUGCUUAAAUAGGCAUAAAAAAUUCUAUAUAUUAAAAAAUUUUUUGCGUUGGCUGGUUCAUGGAGGAGCUAG